UCCAAUAUAAAACUUAUGUUUCUAUCAGUAUGCAACAUAAAUACUUCAUAUAUUUAUUAUUUUGUAGGGGCUUCUCUUGUCAUAAAUUCUUCAUGGAAGAAUCCAUCUGGUCAGUGGCAUGUUGGCUGCAAAUUGGUGUAUGAGCUCUUUACUGAUACACUGACCUCUCGAGUAAAGAAAGAACGAAAGAGAAGGUGGGAUGAGGAAAAUCAAGAAGCAAUAGCAGAGGCUGUAAAGCAGCUUGAUCAAUUUGAUAAGAAGCACACAAAAGUCGAAGGUGCGCACUUGAAAAUGGUCCGUGAAGACCUCCAGAAUAGAGUUGAUCUUCUGCGCAAGCAAGCUGAUAGCUACGAUGACAAGGGACCAGUUAUUGAUGCUGUCGUAUGGCAUGAUGGGGAGCUUUGGAGAGCUGCUUUGGACACACAGAGUCUUGAGGAUGAAUCAGGAUGUGGAAAGCUUGCAGAUUUUGUUCCUUUAACUAAUUACAGGCUUGAACAAAAGCAUGGAGUUUUUAGUAAAUUGGAUGCCUGUACAUGUGUGCUAAAUGUCUACAAUGAAAGGAAUAUAUUAAGUAUCGUGACAGAUAGUUCCCCACAUGCCACACACGUUGCUGGUAUUGCCGCUGCCUUCCACCCGGAGGAACCUUUACUAAAUGGAGUUGCACCUGGAGCACAAAUUGUGUCUUGUAAAAUUGGGGAUUCACGGUUGGGUUCUAUGGAAACAGGAACUGGUUUGACUAGGGCCUUGAUUGCAGCUGUAGAGCAUAAAUGUGAUCUCAUCAAUAUGAGGUACGGAGAACCUACACUGCUGCCAGACUAUGGUCGCUUUGUUGACCUUGUCAAUGAGGUGGUCAACAAACACCGCCUAAUAUUUGUCAGUAGUGCUGGCAAUAAUGGGCCAGCUUUGACUACUGUGGGUGCACCUGGUGGCACAAGUUCAAGCAUAAUUGGAGUAGGUGCAUAUGUUUCUCCAGCUAUGGCUGCUGGUGCUCACUUAUUAGUUGAGCCACCUACUGAAGGCCUUGAAUACACCUGGUCUAGUCGGGGACCCACUGUGGAUGGUGAUCUUGGUGUCUCCAUAAGUGCCCCUGGUGGUGCGGUGGCCCCUGUGCCCACAUGGACCCUUCAAAGACGCAUGUUAAUGAACGGAACAUCAAUGUCAUCUCCUUCUGCUUGUGGAGGUGUGGCUUUAAUCGUCAGUGCUAUGAAGGCGGAAGGUAUUCCUGUUAGUCCAUACACUGUACGGAAGGCUCUUGAAAAUACAUCUAUACCCAUAGGUGCUUUACCAGAAGAAAAAUUAACCGCUGGACAGGGAGUCAUGCAAGUUGACAAGGCUUAUGACUACAUGCAAAAGGUGCAAAAUCUUCCCUGUGUGUGGUAUCAAGUAAAAAUUAAGCAGGCUGGCAUCACAAGCAAACCAACUUCGUCUGCUACGUCUCGAGGCAUCUACCUUAGGGAGCCUUUAUAUUGUCACCAAUCUACAGAGUGGACAGUAGAAAUAGCACCGAAGUUCCAUGAAGAUGCAAAUAACUUAGACCAAUUGGUUCCUUUUGAAGAGUGCAUUGAGUUGCAUUCUACUGGAGAGGCAGUGGUGAGAGCUCCUGACUACCUCCUCCUCACCCAUAAUGGGCGCAGCUUCAGCAUAGUUGUGGACCCCACCAAUUUAAGUGAUGGCUUGCAUUAUUAUGAAGUAUAUGGCAUAGACAGCAAGGCACCAUGGCGAGGACCACUUUUCAGAAUUCCAGUGACUAUAACAAAGCCCUCUAUUGUAACAAGUAGACCCCCUCUAAUUUCCUUCCAAGGAAUUUCAUUUGUACCAGGCCAAAUUGAAAGGAGAUUUAUUGAGGUACCAUUUGGUGCUACCUGGGUGGAGGCCACCAUGAGGACAUAUGGGUUUGAUACGGCUAGAAGAUUCUUCAUAGAUACUGUUCAGCUCUCCCCAUUGCAAAGGCCCAUUAAGUGGGAAAGCGUGGCCACAUUUUCAUCACCUUCAUCCAAAAACUUUGCGUUUCGAGUGGAGGGUGGUCAGACAAUGGAACUAGCAAUAGCCCAAUUUGGGUCCAGCGGCAUAGGCAGUCAUGAAACAACUAUUGUUGAUUUUGAGAUCGCAUUCCGUGGUAUAAACAUCAGCAAAGAGGAAGUAGUUCUUGAUGGAAGUGAAGCACCUGUGAGGAUUGAUGCUGAAGCUCUUCUGUCAACUGAAAAACUUGUCCCUUCUGCUGUGCUCAACAAGAUAAGAGUUCCGUAUCGUCCAAUUGAUUGCAAACUGCAUGCACUUUCAGCAGAUCGGGACAAAUUACCCUCAGGAAAACAGAUUCUGGCUCUUACAUUAACUUACAAAUUCAAACUGGAGGAUGAUGCUGAACUGAAGCCUCAGAUUCCUUUACUUAACAAUCGAAUCUAUGAUAACAAAUUUGAGUCUCAGUUUUAUAUGAUAUCGGAUGUGAAUAAGCGUGUGCAUGCUAAGGGUGAUGUUUAUCCAGAGUCCUCCAAACUUCCGAAGGGUGAAUAUACUGUACAGCUAUAUCUGAGGCAUGACAAUGUACAGUACCUAGAGAAGAUGAAGCAACUGGUGUUAUUCAUCGAAAGAAAAUUGGAGGAAAAGGACAUUGUUCGGUUGAACUUCUAUUCUCAGCCUGAUGGCCCACUAACGGGUGAUGGUUCCUUUAACUCUUCAGAUCUAGUUCCAGGAGUGAAAGAAGCAUUCUAUGUGGGUCCUCCAGCGAAGGACAAGCUCCCAAAGAAUUCCCGUGAAGGAUCUGUAUUGUUUGGCCCAAUCUCAUGUGAAGGGGGAAAAAGUCUGCAGAAGAAUCCUGCUUCUUAUCAAAUAUCUUAUAUUGUGCCACCAAUUAAGCUUGACGAGGACAAAGGAAAAAGUUCGAGUGACACCAAGUCUGUCUCAGAAAGACUAGAAGAAGAGGUCCGUGAUGCUAAAAUAAAGAUUCUUUCUAGCUUGAAUCAAGGCACAGAUGAGGAACGUGCUGAAUGGAAAAAGUUAUCUCAGUCACUUCAGUCAGAGUACCCUAAAUACACUCCUUUGCUUGCUAAAAUACUGGAAGGCGUGCUUUCUCGGAGCAAUAUUGAGGAUAAAUUCCAUCAUUUCACAGAGAUAAUCAGUGCAGCAGACGAGGUUGUUGCUAGCAUUGAUAGAGAUGAAUUGGCAAAAUAUUGUGCCCUCAGAAGUGAUUCAGAAGACGAGGCAACAGAAAAACUGAAGAAGAAGAUGGAGACGACCCGUGACCAGUUAACUGAAGCACUCUACCAGAAGGGAUUGGCUUUGGCUGAGCUUGAAGCAUUGAAGAGAAGAGUAAAAAUGAAUGUGAAUUCAAUUUCGGGGUUGAAAUUUGUUCUGUUCAUAUUCUGGCCAUGGCUGGUUAACUCGAAAGGAGAACAGAAUCGCCUACUGGUCAACAUGACUCUGGUUCAAAACGCUACUGCUUUAGGAGCAUAUUGCUUGGAUGGAAGUUUGCCGGCGUAUCACCUGCACCGUGGAUUUGGAGCUGGAGUAGACAACUGGCUUUUGCAAUUUGAGGGUGGUGGGUGGUGCAAUGAUAUCAAAUCAUGCUUGGAUAGAUCCAAAUCAAAUCAUGGAUCAACUCGUUAUAUGAACAAAUGGGAAGUAUUCUCUGGCAUCCUCAGCAACAAUGCCUCUUUUAAUCCCGAUUUUUACAACUGGAAUAGGGUGAAGAUCAGAUAUUGUGAUGGAGCCUCAUUUUCUGGUGAUGCUAAGUUCUAUAAUGGGACAUCAUUGCUUUAUUUCAGAGGGCAAAGAAUUUGGCAAGCUAUUAUUCUUGAUCUUCUCCCAAAAGGUCUGGGGCACGCAAAGAAGGCUAUGCUUUCUGGCUGCUCUGCUGGUGGUUUGGCAACCUUUUUACACUGUGACAACUUCACCAGUUAUCUACCAAAGAAUGCCAGUGUGAAGUGCUUGAGUGAUGCUGGGUUUUUCUUAGACGAGAGAGAUAUAGCUUUGAAUCACACAAUGAGAUCUUUCUAUGAAGGUCUUAUUACCCUACAGGGGGUGGAACCAAAUCUCAAUCAAAAUUGCACUUCUACUCUCUACUACCCACACCUGUGCUUCUUCCCACAGUAUGCAUUACCAUUCAUCGAAACGCCAUUCUUCAUCUUAAAUUCAGCAUAUGACGUGUACCAAUUCCAUCACAUAUUGGUGCCGCCUUCUUCCGAUCCUCGACGGCAUUGGGAUCAUUGCAAGUUGAAUGUCACUGCAUGUGAUACAAGUCAACUAAAUAUUUUGCAAGGGUUCAGGAUAGAUAUGCUUACAGCGUUGAGAGAUUUCUAUCAAAAUUCAACUAGAGAUGGGAUGUACAUAAACUCUUGCUUCACUCAUUGUCAGAGUGAGACACAAGAUACUUGGUUUGCAGCUGGCUCUCCUCGAAUACACAACAAGACAAUUGCAGAGACAGUCGGUGAUUGGUACUUCAGUAGAAACAUCAGCAAGGAGAUUGAUUGUGCAUAUCCCUGUGAUACUACUUGCCACCACAUGAUUUGACGCAGAGAUCCAAUGUUGCUAGUCAUAAUGCUGAUUUUCAAAGGGUAAUUGGAACCCAGAAACUCAGCUAUACAAAGCCAUAGACAACAUUGGUUACAUAGCGCAGAUUGAUUCAUUUAGAAGGGGUGCAGGGAAGGAAUAGGUGUUAUAUACAUAUAUACUCAUAUUGCAGAGUAAGAGACAACAUUCUUUUAUUUAGAGAGGUUCACAGAGAGCAAAUGUAUACAUCGUCGUCUAGAAAAGGAUAUGGUACAGAUCCAUGAUGUGCAGAAUGUCGCACCGCUGAGUCUGAAAAUUUCAUGUUCAAAUAUCAGGCCAGGAAAAUAUAUUCAUUAUUGUUCUGUUAUUCCCCUGAAUAGUUUUCUGUUCUCUCUUUUGGUAUUGAUGCGGUUGUUG